AUGGGGGUAGGUCGCAGAGUCCCAGUCGGAGCACAGAGAAAUAUGUUGGGCGUCCAAAAUCGGCCCACCCGCAUCCUACUCUUAGUCGAGGACCCGUGGGGAAAUUUUACAGUGUUCAGGAUCAAGAGAAGCACUCAACUGAAGAAGCUUAUGAUUGCUUACUGUGAUAAGAAGUCGGUGGAGUUGGACGAUAUGAGAUUCGUGCUCAUUGACAAGGGUCGUCGUGUUAUACCCAACCUGACCCCAGAUGAGGAUGAUGAGGAGGAGUCUGAUGAAGUGAAGGGCACUUGUGGUAGCAAAAGAAAUGAAGAGUAUAUAAUGGUGGUUGCAAUUGCCGUGUGUUCAGAAAAGAUUCGACCAAAGCCAAAAUAUGGAUAUGGAGUUGAGCCAUCAUUGGUAAAGAUGCUUCAUGAUGAGGCUGUUGAUAGCAUCAUUCAUUCUGCCUUGAAUAGAAGGUGUGAAAGUUGA